AUGCUCAUUAAUUGCCAAUUCUUUCUUUAUUUAUUCCCUUAUCUCUUUAUUUUCCGCGUUACCAUUUCUUUAUCUGAUUUCCUGUUGACUUUUUCUUUCUUUUUCUUUCUUUCUUUCUUUCUUUCUAUUAUUGCACAUUCCAUCGUUUGUCUCUUGAUUUCAAAUCCCUUCUUUUUUUCUUUCUUCUCUACUCAUCAGCAUAGUCAUUGCUUCCUUUCUUUCGUUCUAUCUUUCUUUCUUCCCUGCUAUCAUUGCACCUUAGUCAUGGGUUUCUUUCUUAUUGUCUUUCUUUCUUUCGAAUAUUACAAGUUCCAUCUUUUGGUCCUUGAUUUUAUGUUCAUUCUUUCUUUCUUUCUUUCUUUCUUUCUUUCUUUCUUUCUUUCUUUCUUUCUUCUCUACUCACCAGCGUAUCCAUUGGUAUCUUUCAAUAAUUUCCGAUUCUUUUUUUUCUUUCUUCUCUACUUAUCAUCAUAUCCAUUGGUUUCUUCUUUCUUUCUUUCUUUCUUUCUUUUUUUUCUUUUCUUUCUUUUUCCUUCCUUCCUUCCUUCCUUCCUUCCUUCCUUCCUUCCUUCCUUUUUCUUUCUUUCUUUCUUUAACAUUAAAAAAAAUUUUUUUUUUUUUUACUCAUCAUCAUUUUUUUUAGUUUUUUUUUUUCUUUCUUCUUUUUUUUCUUUCUUUUUUCUUUUCUUUCUUUCUCUACUCAUCAUCAUAUCCAUUGGUUUCUUUCUUUUCUUUUUCUUUCUUUCUUUCUUUCUUUUAAACACUUUUUUUCUUUUCUUUUAA